AUGGAAAAGAGUCUAUUCGACGCAGAAUUUGAUUCUGCAUCGACUGGUGCCACUUUUAUUUACCGGAAAACGUUCGCUCGACGCAUUUACCUCCUUUCAAAAGAGGGAAUAAGUCUAAUCCGACGGGACUCCUGGUGUGACGGAUUUGAAUUGGAUUCCGCUGUUCUAUUCUAUGAUGGACUUAUGGUUACCUGCAUCCAAUCGGAUCCGAGUGUGGGAUUGGUCGACCUGAGUAUUCUGCUUAAUUCAAGUCGAUCAGUCUAUCGAGCUCUCUUAAAGCGAUUCUCAUCGGCAGCGACAACAACAUCCAACGACCGCAAUCUUAUGCCGAAUGUCUUAACGCUCACACUCGACUCAUCUGAAGAUAUGACAUCGACGAUGAACGAAGAUGUGCAAUCAGUUGUGGUGGGAAGUGGAACCGAUCGAGUUGCCAUCAAUUUGGGUCAAGCGUCGACGGAUCAGACUCAGUCACUUCUUUUGACAUCGAUUUUGAUCGAAAUAGGCGAUAUCGAAAUCCAAAUUCGUCGAUCUGUUCAGACAGCAGAUACGUAUCUAAAGAAAGAGAAUAAUCUUUCCACACCUGUCCGUCCUCCGAAAAUAACGUAUCAAUAUGGUGAAGAAGGAAAGAAGUCUGAUAAGGAAGAAAAGGUGAAAACAACGCAACCCGUACGUUGGGAUUAUUCUGUAUCCCGCGUUAAUAUCACAUGCGUAAUUAAACCACGACGAAGAAUCAAAAUGAAAGCUGAUUUUCAUCUAAGUCUAUCGGUUUUCAAAGGUCCGCAUAUGUGGAGUCGAUUAUUUCCUGAAAUAGCGUGUAAAAAAUUCCAAUCUCCGAUUCGCAUUUAUACGGACCAGUGUGAAUUCGAUCCAACGCUCACACAACGACCAUUUGUAUUCACUGCUGGUGAAAAUUGUUGUCAAACACUGGAAAAUACUGGUAGUUCAUUUCAAGUGACUGGUAGUGGACACAGUGUGAUUACUGGUGGUCCGGUGUCUGAUCAAUACCAAUUUCUGCAAUUUCAUGCGCAUUGGGGCUCCAAUGAUCUCGAAGGUGCUGAACACGUUAUCGAUGGUAUUCGUUUACCCGGUGAAUUGCAUAUUGUCACAUGGAAUACUAGUAAAUAUCGUACGCCGCAAGAUGCUGCACUUUCGGAGCAAUUCGAUGGUUUGAUGGUGUUUGGUAUAUUAUUGAAAGUUGUGUCGUCUGAUAACCAAGAAUUUGGUAAACUAGUCGAUUUGUUUUCAAAUAUUUCUUACAAUGGUGAAAAAAUUGAUUUGGAUUAUGAAAAAGUGUCUCUGAGUAGUUUUCUUCCAAACGAUAUGCAAAGUUACUUUACCUACAACGGUUCAUUGACAACACCGAUGUGUUCGGAGAGUGUUCGUUGGAUCGUGUUUCGUGAAAAAAUGGGCGUUUCGCGGCGUCAAUUUGAACAAUUACGUCAAUUAAAAUCUUCGUGCAGAGGUGACAACACAACGAGUGGGUAUAUAAUGCAAAAUUUUCGUCCGGUGAUGCCUCUCAAUGGCCGUGUGGUCUAUCGUUCAUUUAGUUAA